AGCAUGAAAAAUACAGGGUCCACUACAAAUCUGAACCUUCUCCUAAGAAAUUCUGCAACCUGGUAGAUUUUGUGAAUGAUCUUAAAAUGAUUUUCCUUGACCUUCGGGGAAAUAGGCCACAGUAGAAGUUUGCAUGUUGACAUGUUGGAACGCGGCCCCUUUAAUCCCGGUGUGCGGCUCCCAGGUGCGAGGUGCAGUGAGCCGGAUUCCACCACUAGAGUUCUCCCUCCUCCGCCUCAGCAGCUCGGCUCGGCUCGGCUCCGUGUCCUGUGUUUACCUCCCAGCCCAGCGCUCUGCUGUACUGUGGCCAAAAAGCUGGACACAAAACCACCAUCCGCAGGCUCAACUUAGCCCGAAGAAAUCCGGAUGUAAGCGGCCUUCGCGUUCGAUCCUUCGCGGAUUUCCCUGCAGCGCUGUGUGUUAGCGACACCGUAGCAAAGUUGUGAUGAAUAAGGAAAUCAUGUCACGUGUGGUGAAGAAGAGGCAGGCGGACCCCAAGGUGGUCCAGUAUGUGUGGGCGGCCAUCGAGGUCAUCCGCAACCAGAAACAAAUUGCAAACAUGGACAGGAUCUCCAAGUACCUGAGCCGUGUGUUUGGCAUGCACCCCAAGGAGACUGCCAGGCAGCUGAGUUUGGCUGUGAAGGACGGCCUCGUUGUGGAGACCCUGACUGUUGGCUGCAAGGGCUCCAAGGCCGGCAUCGAGCAGGAGGGAUACUGGCUGCCAGGGGAUGAGAUGGAGCCGAAAGCCGAGGGAAGCAAGGAAAUGUUGCAAAACACUGAGCAGGAGAGCGUUGUGGAGUGGGAGGCGGAGAGCCACGACUGGUACUGCUUCGAGUGUCACCUACCGGGCGAUGUCCUCACAUGUGACAACUGCUUCCGGGUGUAUCACCUCAAAUGUCUGUCGGAGGAGUUCAAGCCCAGAGACGGAGGAUCCCACUGGCAGUGUGUCGUCUGCAGGGGGAGUAAAAAGAAGAACCUGAACAAACAGGAGAUGAGUAAAUACCUGCGCUUCAUCGUCCAGCGUAUGAAGGAGAGGGCAGUGGACCUGAACAAGAAAGGCAAAGACACUAAACAUCCCAUGUACAAACGGCUGAUCCACACUGCGCUGGACGUCACGAACAUCCAGGAGAACCUGUCUGAAGGAAAAUAUAAAACUUUUGAGGAGUUUAAAGCAGACGCUCAGCUGAUUGUCCACAACACGGCCAUCUUGUAUGGAGUUAACAGCGACCAGGCGGAAAUUGCACGACUGCUCUUCAGCGACACGUGCCACGAGUUGAAUGAGUUGUUGUUGUGUAAGAACUGUUUCUACCUGUCGAACGCCCGGCCAGACAACUGGUUCUGUUACCCCUGUAGCCCCAGUCACGACCUGGUGUGGGCCAAGAUGAAAGGAUUUGGAUACUGGCCGGCCAAAGUCCUUCAGAGGGAUGACAACCAGGUGGACGUACGCUUCUUCGGCCACCAGCACCAGAGAGCGUGGAUCCCCGCAGACAACAUCCAGGACAUCAAGGUGAGCGUCCAGCAGCUGCAGGUGAAGCGCAGCAAUGGCUGGAAGAAGGCGUGCGAGGAACUGGAGAUGUACCAGCGCUUCCUGAAGGAAGGCCGCUUCUGGAAAACAAAGAUGGAGGACGCCAACAUGCCACACCAGCAUCUCCAGCAGAACCAGACCCAGACCCAGACCCAGAACCAGAGUCAGAGCCAGAGUCAGAGCCAGCGGCAGCAGCAGGAGGGCAGCGGGAGGACGGAGAGGCUGGAGCGGACGGACGAGGCCGAGUCCAGCAUCUCGUCCACCAGCAACGAGCAGGUCCGACAUCUCAAAGGCAGCAGCCAGGAGCCGAAGGCCAAGAAAAGCCGUCGGUCUCAAAUGGUCGAGCCCAAAGAAGAAGCGAGUGACCCAGAGCCAGAGAUGGAGGCAGUCAGCUCCAGUCAGGAGAUCCCGGUGUCGUCGGCGCCGCAGCAGCCAGAGAAACUGUCGGUGUCCACGCAGACCAAGAAGGCCAACGGAGGGUCGCCACGCACUCUGCACCGCGGCACCCAGACCAACAGCGACGGCGCCUGCCAGAACAUGUGCCACGAGAAGUACACCAAGGUCUUCAACGACGUCAAGGAGAUGAUGAAGGCUGACAACAAGAGGGAGACGGAGCGGGUGGUCCGAGAGGCUCUGGAGAAGCUCCGGGCGGAGAUGGAGGAGGAGAAGCGUCAGGCGGUGAGUAAGGCGGUGGCCGGCGCUCAGGCGGAGAUGGAGAGGAAGUGUAAGCAGGUGAAGGAGAAGUGUAAAGAGGAGCUGGUGGAGGAGGUGAAGAAGCUGGUGGCGCAACACAAACAGCUCAUCUCCCAGACCAAGAAGAAGCAGUGGUGUUAUAACUGUGAGGAGGAGGCCAUGUACCACUGCUGCUGGAACACCUCGUACUGCUCCAUCAAGUGUCAGCAGGAGCACUGGCACGCCGACCACAAACGAACCUGCCGCAGGAAGAGAUGAACAAGCCCCGCCCCCUCCCCCUUCUGACCCCACACAGCACGCCAUUGGCUCUCUCCUCCUGUCAGUCAGUGUCUUCAACAAACACACACACACACACACACACACACACACACACGUCCCUCCUGCUUCUCUUCUUGCCUUCCUGAAAACUUUGUGGACCCGAUGUUUUCUGCGUGAAAAGAGCAAUUUGUUCCCCCCCUUUUUUUUCAUUUUGUUUCCAUUAUUUAAUGUACCCAUUUUACUGAUUUCUCUCUUAUUUUUUGUUUCUUUUUUUCCCUCUGAAUCGUGAACAGAUUGCUCGAGAGCGUGGCUCAGACGCAGAGUUACGGUAUGAUUUUGUGUCGUUACUUUGGAAUUUUUUGUUUUUGUUUUUUUCUUUACUGAAGUGCUUAUUAUGAGCUCGUGUCAGAGAAUGUGUUAUUUAAGUGUUUAGUAACAGAUGAGCAUUAACUGAAUACAUUUUAUUACCUGAAUUUUUAAAAACAAAGAUCACUUUUCUUACUGUAAAUGCGAACACACACACACACACACACACACACACACCCCAUCGAUCUCACAAGAGAAACCAUCCUGUAAGUACCAUCGCAGCGUUGAACGAGCUCUGCUUUCAUAGAGAAAACCUGUUCUAGAAAAAUGACAAAAAACUGCAGAAGAUCUUGAAUAGCGGAUGACAUGGCUCACAGACGUUAAUAUAUUUUGUUCUUUUUCAUUUUAUUUCUUGAAACUAUUGUGGUGGAUAGCACCUUUUAUCAUUUCUACCUAAAAAAAAAUAAAUCUUAAAGUCACUUAUUGGGAACAGGGUCACGAGGUCGGCCUUAAAAGACGCCGGCAAAAUAAAUCUUCCAUGUACUAUUAUUAUUAUUAUUAUUAUUAUUAGAAUUAAUAUUAUUAUGCACAUUUUUGGAGUCUUUUUUUUAAAUAGACUGAAAUUUUUACGAGUCGGAUACUAAAAGGUUGGCACGGUGUGGAGUUUACAUGUUCUCCAGGUGUCUUUUGUGGGUUUCCUCUGAAGACACGCGGGUUAAUUUGCGACUCUUAAAAUUUCCCCAUCGGUGUGAAUGUGAGCGUGGAUGGUUGUUCAGUGUUUCAUUCCCCACACACACACACACACACACACACACACACACACACACACACACAGACAAGCCUGCAAAAGGAGAAGCAGUUAUACAUAAUGGAUGGAUGUGAUGAUGGGGAAAAAAACCUUUUAUAAUAUAAUUGGGGACACGUUUAGCGAUCUUGACGGAGCUGGAUCGUCAGGCCCUGUUCAGACCUUGUGUUAACAUCCGUCCUGAGUGAUCCGAUCACACGUGGACCGCUUUAAACUACAGGUGUGAACGAGGGGAAACUACAAGAACAGGCAGAACAGAUAACGCACCUUGUGUUCGACCAAUCCAACCACUGAACCUGUAACUGCAACGUCACCAUACCCCCUUCAAAUAUUGCAGCAUUUUGAGAGUUGUAGCCUGAGGAGAAGAAUUAACCUUUAAGGAACGAGCUACUACAUACGACAAAAUCUCCGGUGCCUUCUUGUAAAUUCGGCAUGAAAUGCAAAAUAUUAAUCUGUUUGUUACUGUGUAAAAAGUGUCAGUUUGUGGCAGCAGUAAACCGUAAAAUACAGUAAACAGCAACUACAUUUGUGUCACCCAUGGAGAAAGUCCCCAGACUCCCUUUAAAAGUCACUCAAUUUUAUGAGUUGUUGAGUUAGGGGCAGGUUUAUAAAAUUUCUGAAAUGCAACAUAUGACAAAUUCUUAAUUAUUUGGCUUUCCUUGUAAAUUCGGCUUUAAAUGAAAAACAUAAAGUUGUUUGUUUCCUUGUAAAAAGUGUUCGAUUGUCGAAGCAUCGCUGCACGAGCCUCGCUACCUGCCGAUGUGUAGCAGCUGUUUGAACACUGUUUCAACUGAUUUACACUAAAUGUAUGAACGAAGACGACUUUUUAUUGAGAGUUAAACCCGUCAAAUUUAACAAAUACAGUAAACGGAAACUAAAAUCUUUGUCACCUGUGGAGAAAGUCCCCAGACUCCCUUGAAAAAUUGCACAGUUUUGAGACUUGUUGACUGACGAGAAUCUUUUAAAAAUACAUAUGAACAAAUUCUGAAUCUUUGGUGCCUUUUUGUAAAUUCGGCCUUAAAUGCAAUACAUUCAUUUUCUGUCUUCAAGACUAAAUCUUUGUCACUAGGGAGAAAGUACCCAGACUCCCUUUAAAAAUCGCUCAGUUUUGUGAGUUGUUGAGUUUGGUGAAACAUUAUAAACUUUUUGAAACGCCGUCAGUGACAGAAUCUUGAUUAUGUGGGCCUUUUUGUAAAUUCGGCAAAUGUUUUACAUUCUUCCUCCCUUUUGUUUAAAAAAAAAAAACUGCACAUGGGGAAAGUGAAGAACCAAUCACAGUUGAUCAUUCGAUACACAUUGCAUGUUAAAACCACGUCUGAACAGGGUCUUAGAGAGAGGAUCAAUGAUUUGACCGUUUUUUGCACACUUCAGUUUCUUAACGACCCAGAUGCUUGUAAUAUUGCCAAAAAAAAAUUCUGACAUUUUAUUGAACCUACCUGAGAAGAUGUGGUGAGUCCUCCCUCCUCCGCGCUCUCCUACAAGCUGAAAAAAAAAAAAACCGAUUAUUUUUCCGAGCGUCGUCGGUGUCAUUUUUUAUAGUGAUGUACACUCGAAAACUCUUCUUUUUUUAUCCUGAAGUGACUCUUUCACUGCUUAUACUGUAGUUGGUGGUCAGUGCCUGUUUCUCCUUUUUGUUUUCUCAUCCUCUUUAAGGCUACAUGCAUGUUGAUAGUUUCAUAGUUUGUCUUUUUUCAUCAUUACGGUAAAACAAAUAAAAAAUAAAAAAAAAGAAUAAAAAAAGAAGCAGUGACGACGGAUGGACCAAUAUAAAACAUUAUGCAAAUGUGAAAGAUCAAAUUAAUCUUUUCUAUCGUUUUCCCUGCGCUGGAUGUCGAGUGUCGAUGGUGUAUAAAUAUGGUGCUCGGAGAAUCUUUGUUUUUUUUCAAAGGGGCAAUGAAAUUGCCAGAGUUUGAUUUUUGUGACACUUUUAAAGUUUGUUGACUGUUUCCUCAGUUAUGAAGAUUGACUGAACGGAGGAAAAUACUUCAGUUACUCUGUACUUUUUUUUUUUUUUUUACACACAGAUUACCGUUUAUCAGUUUGUGCUUCUGUAAAAAUGUGACAAAUGAAAUACCGUAAAUUCUCUCACAGUGGGCAGCAGGAACUUUACUCACCUCAAGGGUGAACCAGGCUUAUUUUAUCCAACUCGUCCUAUUUUUACAGUAUUUUUGUUGAAGUCCUGCUGCUUUUUUUUGAGCUGUGAAUGAAAACUCAAAACUUCCUUCAUCACUGAAGAGGAUAUGUGUAUGCAAAUCCCACAAUAUAUACAAUAUAUAUACCGUAUUUACCAGGUGUUAACUGAUAUCCAGCGAACAGGAUCUGUGGAAGUCAAAUAAAGACGAAAGUAAAUAUCACGCUAGAAACAAUGCUGCUGACUUUUUCAAGAAAAAUUAAAGUAUGUACAUUUGAAAAAGCUGGAACCAUCAGUUGUUUGUCCGAUGAAAUAUAUAUUUGAAUUGAUCAGUCAUUAUUUUAUUCACACUAAAAACCUGCUUAGUAUUUCUUUGUAUUUUUGGACUUGGGACGUCAUUAAUAGUCGCUUCCUUUGACCAUGGAAUGCUUUUAUUGUGAAAUACGUACAGGAAGUAUUGAGUUUCAGAAACAGCAAGACAAAAGCAAAAGGCUGCUGUCAUUAUUCCAUAUUUUUCAAAGUGUCGGUCCUUCUCCCAAAACUUCCUCGAGCCUCUUGGUUCCUACUGCAGAUCUCAAAUAUAUAAAUUAAAUCAAAUUUCCACAGUUUUUUUCAAACGAACAGGAGGAUUUUGUGCAUCUAUUUGAGACUAUUUUCAGCAGCGGUUUAAAACACAAUUGGAGGAAGAUUUGUGGUUCUUGACACACAGAUAAACUACCUGUUGGUGUGUCUGUGUUUCAGGUAAAUGAGGAAAAAUGCCCCACUAUUAGAGAAUUUACGGUAGCUGUCCUCUCGCUCGUCUCUCUGGAAACUCAUUUAAGUGUAUCACUUUAAGAUGUAACAUGUUGUUGUACAGUUAAGCUCCCGUUUGACCGUCAGUCUGCAGCUCAUCGUUCGUUCUCACUUGUUUUUAAGAGUUGAUUUAUUUUUUCUUUCUCCUGGUUGACGUUCUCUUUGUUUUCUCACCUGCAGGCUUAAAGGUCAAACAUGCCGUCUGUUUCUUUCUCUCUCAUCAUUGCACUACGUGUAAAUAAACUCUGUCGAUAUCUCCUCCCUCAUAUUAUAUGUACAUUGUAAAUGGACUCACGAAGAUUUCAGCAGUUUUUUUGUUUUGUUUUGGGUUUUUUUGUCUGUGUUCACAGCGAUUCUCAACGACUGUUAGUUCUAGUUUUGUACAAUGUACAACCGUUAUCAUAUCAGCUCUGGUUUCUGUUGUUUUCCCCCCCGACACUCUGAGCUUUGUGACAUCUUCAGUACGUUUGUGUUUUUAAUUGUUUUGAAACGACGCCGCACUUUUCCAUGUACCCGGAAAUACUUCAGUGUGUUUUUGACGUCACGUUGAAAACAAAUAAAAUUGCAUGUUGGCCCUAAAAUUAAAAUUAAGUCUUGCGUGUUGAAGGCGACACGUGUGUGAGCUCCUCACUGAUUUUAUAUUCGUCCAUCCAACCGUUCAGAUUUCAGCGUGAAAAGUUUUUUUCUUUUUCAUUUUCUCCUUCAAACGUUUUUUGACGUCAUUCCGGUUUGUCUGUUUUUUUGUUUUUUGUUUUUUAACUGCAUGAGUAAAAAAAAAAAAGGUGUGUGUUUAUCUACGGCUCAUUUUUCUCAUUUCAUUUUCAUUUUCUCCUCAUGUAAGAAAAGACAUGGUUGCACUCCCUCGGAGCAACAACGCAAAGUGACAAUGAUGUUUUAUUUUUUAAUUUCUGGAACUUCAGUUGAGCUGAAUCGCAUCUUUUUUUUUGUUUUUUGAAGUUGUUUUUAGCUCGAAAAUCAGAUUGUCGCCCCGACUUUCCACUGCUCUUUUCCCAGAGUGUUUGGAAUAAAACCAGAGUAAAGUUCCUUCGUUCUCACCUCCUGUAGUUCAUCUUCUGUUCUGUCCAUAUGUAAACUAUUAAUUGUGGCUUAACAUUUUCUAUGCUCCUGAUGUUCUCUCUUUUUUUUUUUUUGAUGCUUUAGCUAGCAAUAUGUAUAUAAAUAUAUUCUAUGUGCUAACAUGGAGGAAAUAAAUGUAUCAACAAGUU